AAAUUUGAAACAGGUUCUCAGCCAAUACCUUCUUUACAAUUCCUGUCUCCUGCUUGUUACGGCCAUCUAAAGGACUUACAGACUCAAUGUUUUGAUUCAAAACGGUUCUUGCAUCUAAUUCCUGAUCAGCCAGUUGUCUGCAGCUUGCUACUCUGUAAUAGGAAUGAAACAGCAUGGGAUGAACUAAAGCUUGCUUGUCAAACUGCUGAACAUGCUUUGCAGUUAACAGUCAAAGAUCCAUGGAUUUUGCUGGGCGGAGGCUGUACCGAAACUCAUGUGUCCUCCUACAUAAAGCACAAGAGUUGUAGUGUAUCAGAAGGCACCUUGGAAGAUCUAGGCUGUUCUUCAGAGGAAUUCCACUUAGUAACUGAUUGUUUUUGCCACUCACUGGAGUCCAUUGCUCGCUCUCUGGAGCAUGACAGUGGUGAUGUUCUCACUGAUACCCAUUGGGGUCAUUCGUGGUCUAUUCCACCUAACAUUCCUAGCAACUCUGAAUGGUCAGAUUUUGUUCAAAAGUGUGGGUGUGGGGUUUGCAACAAACAGGAAGGCCUCAACUGGAAGAUGUUAAAUUGUCGUUCUGUUUCUUUCCUUCCCCAAAAUUGUGUGAAUGAGUCCUCUCUCACCUCUGCUGAUCAGCUUGUCCUAGAUUGUUUUGCCGCAAAACGGAACGGUUUGCAAGUUGCAGUUGAGACAGCUCAUCUCAUUUUAGAUAUAUCACAUAUAAUUGAAGAUUGUAAUUAGUUGCGUGUGCAUGUUCAGCAAGUGUGAUGUAUUUGUGCUGGCAUUUCUAGGCCUCUUUCCAACCACAUCCAGAAAAAAUUGUAACAAACAUUGGAAUUCUCAAGGUCAUGUUUGGUAUUUCCCAACAACCUGUUACCAGAAGGAAAAUGCAAUUCCUGCUGCGUUACUGAUCCCAGAGAAGCAUUUGCAUGUAUCCAGGUAUCCUUAGGGUGCCAUAGUUAUGGAUGAGAAAUAUUGGUUGCAAAGUUGACAUUUCUGGAUGUAAUAUAGAUAUUUU